GUUUGUUGGAGCUAGCGCGAGACUAGUCGAGUAUAACAUUUAGCUGAAACGUUGUUUGAAAUAUGGUGAAAAGGGAAGAUACAGUGCUUGUUGUUCCUACGAUGGCUCGCACACCUUUGAAGUCCUCGUUUUCUAUCAGUUCCAUUCUCCCCGAAACUGCUCUGGAAGCGCCCAAAAGUCCGCAGAGGAUCAAAAGCGAGUCGGAGUUGAGCGAUUCCGAUUGCGAUUUGGAUGUUACUGGCGACGAAGAUGAUUCACCGGCGCUGGAUUGCACCAAAUCCGAUGAUGGUAAAUCAGGUGAAGAGAAGAAGUCUAAAGAAAAGCCGCCGUACAGCUACAAUGCCCUCAUCAUGAUGGCCAUCAGGAACAGUCCGGAAAAAAGGUUGACUUUGAACGGGAUCUACGAGUACAUCAUGACCAACUUUCCUUACUACAGAGACAAUAAACAGGGUUGGCAGAAUUCCAUCAGGCAUAAUUUGAGUUUGAACAAGUGUUUUGUGAAAGUUCCCAGGCAUUAUGAUGAUCCUGGUAAAGGGAAUUACUGGAUGUUGGAUCCUUCCGCUGAGGAUGUGUUUAUUGGAGGAACCACUGGUAAACUUCGUCGCAGGUCGACGGCAGCUUCCAGAUCGCGUUUGGCUGCAUUCAAACGUACUCUUUCCAUGUAUUCGCCGCUGCAACCGAUGUAUCCAGGUUUCUAUCCACCCAAUCCGGCGCUUCUAGCCGCCGCUUACCAGAGGUAUCAUCAUCCUUACGUGGGCUCCAUGGGGAGUACAGCUGUACCGACGGUUCUUCGGCCGUCGCCGAUGCAACCUCAACCAGCUCCGCAGCCUUUCAAUAUGGAGAGGUUGCUGAAUGCCGGGCCCGGCAUGGAGUUCUUUAGACCACCGAUGGACUUUUACGGUAACUUUAGGCUACCUCCUCCGCCUGGGUUGUUGGCUUCGCACCAUCAACUCGCCUUGAGUCCGAAUAGUAGUUCCAGUUCGCCCGAACCUAGAACAAGUCCGGACCAUUUGUAUAAACCAGUACCUGUAAUGUCGAGGCAUAGUUGAAAUUGAAUUGUUGCAAUUUAUUUGUAAAUUUAUUGUUGUAUAGCUUUAAAUUUUUAAGGAAGAAUCUAAAUAGGCACCAUUUAUAUGAAUUGUUAAGUGUUGAGCACUUCAAUUUGCGGUACUUGCAAUCGAAAUUAACUCGAUUAUAAGGACCUAUAGGAGAUUUAUCUCACAUUCUUCCGAUUUUUUGGUGUUUUUGAUCUCUAAUGUGUAGACGUUGUUCACAUUGCACAUGUUGUAAAUAGUUGUAUAUUGUCAUAACUUCUAUUGUGAUGUUAAUUUAUAAAAUAUGUACAGUAUUAAAAUAUAUAUUGAGA